AUGAUUGCCAUCGGUAUGGAGGGCUCUGCCAACAAGCUUGGCGUGGGCAUCAUGCUGCAUCCCGAGGAUGGCAGCCCGCCGCGAGUCCUCGCCAACAUUCGCCAUACGUACGUGUCCCCACCAGGCGAGGGUUUCUUACCCAAAGAUACGGCGCGUCAUCAUCGUGCAUGGGUGGUCAAGCUGGUGAAAAAGUCAUUGAAGGAAGCUCGAGUAUCGGUAGCCGAUGUGGAUUGCAUUUGCUUCACCAAGGGUCCCGGAAUGGGUGCCCCGCUUCAAAGCGUCGUGGUGGCUGCGCGGAUGCUCAGUUUACUUUGGAACAAGCCUUUGGUUGGAGUCAACCAUUGCGUUGGGCAUAUCGAAAUGGGCCGCCUCAUUACCGGUGCCACCAACCCUGUCGUGUUGUACGUCUCGGGCGGUAAUACGCAGGUUAUCGCCUAUAGCUCUCAGAGGUAUCGGAUCUUCGGUGAAACCCUCGAUAUCGCAGUUGGCAAUUGUCUAGAUCGAUUUGCGCGCACUCUCCAUAUUUCCAAUGACCCCGCCCCCGGAUACAACAUCGAGCAAUUGGCCAAGCAAGGCAAGCAGCUGGUGGAUCUUCCAUACGUGGUCAAGGGUAUGGACGUAUCAUUCUCGGGGCUCCUCGCUGCGAUUGAUGGUCUCGCGGCCCAAUGGGGUUUGGGCGGCGAGGACGCUGCGAAUGAGGACUUGAGAAAGCAAGAUUCUCAAAGUGGCGAUGCACCGAUUCCGCAGACCGAUGGCAAACCGACUCGGGCCGACUUAUGUUUCUCUCUCCAGGAGACGGUCUUCUCGAUGCUUGUGGAAAUCACCGAGCGCGCAAUGGCGCAUGUUGGUUCCAAGCAAGUUUUGAUCGUGGGUGGCGUGGGCUCAAAUGAACGGUUGCAGGAAAUGAUGGGAAUCAUGGCGCGUGACCGAGGCGGUAGUGUCUAUGCGACCGACGAGCGAUUUUGCAUUGACAACGGUAUCAUGAUUGCUCAGGCUGGUAUGCUGGCAUAUCAGACAGGGUUUCAGACACCUUUGAAGGAAUCUACCUGCACUCAAAGAUUUCGAACAGAUGAAGUGUUUGUCAAAUGGCGGGAAGACUGA